CCCACCCUUGUUCCCGGACAGGCGUGACUCCGGUCUGCUUACACUCCCUCUGCCCUUUCUCCCUCCUGCACGCGGCUAUGGCGGAACCUGAGUUGCAGCUGGUAGCGCGACGCAUCCGCAGUUUCCCCGACUUCCCCAUCCCCGGCGUGCUGUUCAGGGAUAUCUCGCCCCUCCUGAAAGACCCCGACUCCUUCCGAGCUUCCAUCCGCCUCCUGGCCAGUCACCUUAAGUCUACGCAUGGCGGCAAGAUCGACUACAUCGCAGGCCUGGAUUCCAGGGGCUUCCUGUUUGGCCCUUCCCUCGCUCAGGAGCUGGGCCUGGGCUGUGUGCUCAUCCGGAAGCGUGGGAAACUGCCGGGCCCCACAGUAUCAGCCUCCUAUGCCCUGGAGUAUGGCAAGGCUGAGCUGGAAAUCCAGAAAGACGCCUUAGAACCUGGGCAGAGAGUGGUUGUUGUAGAUGAUCUCCUGGCCACUGGAGGAACCAUGCGUGCUGCCUGUGAACUGCUGGGCCAGCUACGGGCUGAGGUGGUGGAGUGUGUGAGCCUGGUGGAGCUGACCUCAUUGAAGGGCAGAGAGAAGCUAGGACCAGUGCCAUUCUUCUCUCUCCUGCAAUAUGAGUGACAGACGGUGGAACAGUUGCUGCACCUGCGGCCGGCCGGACAGUGGCUCAGCCUCUGAGCCACCAGCUGCCCUUCCUGUGACUGUUGAUUUUGCUGGUCAGCUGGUCACCAUGCCUAUGGACCACUUGGGUCCUUGCAUUUUUCUAUAUGUGCUGAGUCCUAGAGCAGAACUACUGCAGGCUACAACACAGCAAGAUUAAUAAACAGUUUGAUACAUAAGGUUCUUCCUGUCAUCUUGCUGCACGGAUCACAUAACACAGCUGCCUGGCAACUCCGGCCCAGUCCAAGGCAAGGACAAUACCUGCUCCAAUCCCAGGCAAUACCGGACACCGUCACAGGACCAUUGAAAGGGAAAUCAGAAGUCUCUGUAUCCUCCCACCCCCAGCAAAGGGUGACUGGGGGACGGAGGGCAGGUGGUGGCUAUGUCACUUUGUGGACCUCAUCACAACAGGUUCUGACGGAAGACCUGUCUGCGCUGCAAGAGGCACGUGGCUGUGAGCUGGGUGGCACCACCACCACCCUCUGCAAGAAGAAAACAUGGUGAGCCCAGGUCUGUCCGGCUGCCCACCCGUGACGGAAAUUCAAAAACUAGGCCUGACACCAACCAUUUCACCCGCAAACCCAAG